UAUGAAUAUCAGAUACAUUCAAAACAUAACGCAGCAAGCUUUCAAGUGCUCGAAGUUAACGGCAAGAAUCUCAACAACAACAACUCUCACAACACCAACAACAAGAAGCUUUGCAGUGCAGCAAUCGAUAUCGAUGAAUGCAGUUCAGUUCAAUCGGUGUCAUCGCUAUUGCGUUGUCCUUUUCCCAUUGGUCGCCCUUUGCAGCAGUGUCAAUUGUGCUGCGGAUUUAACAACGAAGUCACAAUACUCUACAGCAGCUGCCCUCGACAUGUCGAAUGAGGAUUACAAGAGCGCUACGUCCAUCUACGAUUUUACCGUAAAGGACACACACGGCAAUGAUGUCUCGCUGGAAAAGUACAAGGGCAAGGUCGUCCUGGUGGUCAACAUCGCCUCAAAGUGUGGUUUGACCAAGAAUAACUAUCAGAAACUGACCGAUCUGAAGGAGAAGUACGGUGAACGUGGCCUGACCAUUUUGAAUUUCCCCUGCAAUCAGUUUAACUCCCAAAUGCCCGAGGCUGAUGGUGAGGCCAUGGUUUGUCACCUGCGUGACUCCAAGGCUGACAUUGGAGAACUGUUUGCCAAGGUCAAAGUGAAUGGAGAUGACGCCGCACCUUUGUACAAGUAUCUCAAGUCCAAGCAGACCGGCACUUUGGGCAGCGGCAUCAAAUGGAACUUUACCAAAUUCCUGGUUAACAAGGAAGGCAUCCCAAUUAACCGCUAUGCACCCACCACAGAUCCCAUGGACAUUGCCAAGGAUAUUGAGAAAGAGCUGUAGAUCUCUAGCUUUAUAAGCACUUUACGAUAUACGAUAUACGACUUUCUAUAAAUUAUAUAGCUUUUGUCAUGCCUUUUUUAACGGCAUUAACUUAUAAACUUAAAACUUAGUCAUGUAGCUGGUCAAAUGCAGUGCAUGUUUAAAUUGUAACCGUAUUUAUGGUUUUCAAAUCAAACAAUCUUUAAUAAACUUCAAUAAUGUUUAAUUGUUAAAUGGAGAUGUUAAUAACUUACCUCCAUAAUGGCCAAUCGCGCCUGUCGAUAGAGUUUGGCUAAUAUGCCCAUGUUCAUGAUAACGCCGGAUCCUUCUUUGUUGGUCAUGCGGACCAGAUUAUAAUCUAUCCAGACCAUGUCAUGCUCGUGAUUCGUCAUAAAAUAUAUUGAUAUAUAUAUAUGUGAGUUAUCCUGUAAUAAAGCAGUGUAUUUUGUUCUACUUUCAGAACUAACUGAAA